GUAUUUUUCUGCUUUCGCGAGUUUGAAGCCUGCUGAAUAAUUCAUGAAGAGCGUGGAAAGGCGGUCUUUUCCCUGGAUGAGAUCCACCAGAAGAGGAGUGAGCCGCGAGGCUUCCGAGCGCACCAGCUCCGGGGGAGGCCAAAGCGGACCGAGCCGGCUGGCAGGCCGCCGCCGGCCUGAGCUGCCCGGUUGGCAGGCCGCGGGCCGCCCCGUCCGGGCCGGGACACUUCUCCUCCGUCUCUGUUUUCCGGGGGAGAGCCGGGCCCUUCUGGCACUGAGAUUUGGGGGAAGCAGCCCCCGCUGAGGGCAAGGUCCUUCCCCGGUCCUCUCUGCCUUGCUGGAGCAUCCUUGCCGCUCCCGUCGGUGCCAACUCGGGCGGCCCUUGGUCGCCUCGGCUUUGGCCCUGACUACGGCCCAUCGUCGCCUCGGCUUUGUCCCUGACGACGGCCCUUCGUCGCCCCGGCUUUGUCCCUGACGACGGCCCUUGGUCGCCUCGGCUUUGUCCCUGACGACGGCCCUUGGUCGCCUCGGCUUUGUCCCUGACGACGGCCCUUGGUCGCCUCGGCUUUGUCCCUGAAGACGGCCCUUCGUCGCCCCGGCUUUGUCCCUGACGACGGCCCUUCGUCGCCUCGGCUUUGUCCCCGACGACGGCCCUUCGUCGCCCCGGCUUUGUCCCUGACGACGGCCCCGGCUUUGUCCCCGACGACGGCCCGCGUCCUCCUCCCGGGAUGGGCCCCGCCGGGGUUUGGUGCGUGUGCGUUUUGUGCGCUGUUUGUCGCGGCUGCCGUCCGUCCCCCCGGCGCCUCUAGACGGUGAGCCCGCCCCGUCGAGCGGUCCCGUCCCCAGCGCGGCGGCGGCGGGUCCCCGGCCGGAGUCCAGGAUGAGCAACGCGUCCCUCCCGUCCUCGUCCUCGGGGCCGUCGGGCUCGUCGGGCCCGUCGUCGCCCGUCCGGCGGAUCCCCGUGUCCCUCCUGUACUCGGGCCUGGCCGUCGGGGGCACGCUGGCCAACGGCCUGGUCAUCUACCUGGUGUCGUCCUUCCGCAAGCUGCAGACCACCAGCAACGCCUUCAUCGUCAACGGGUGCGCCGCCGACCUGAGCGUGUGCGCCCUGUGGAUGCCGCAGGAGGCCGUGCUGGGGCUGCUGCCCGGGGCCGGGGCGUCGGGGGGCCCGGACGGCCCCGGGGCCGCGGGGCCGGGGCCGGGGCCGGGGCCGGGGCCGGGGCCCGGGCCGGGGCCGGGGCCGGGGCCGGGCGAGGGCUACCGCCGGCUGCGGGGCGGGCUGCUGGGGCUGGGCCUCACCGCCUCCCUCCUGUCCCACUGCCUGGUGGCCCUGAACCGGUACCUGCUGAUCACGCGGACGCCCGCCACCUACCAGGCGCUGUACCGGCGGCGGCACACGGCGGGCCUGCUGGCCCUGCCCUGGCUGCUGGCCCUGGGGCUGGUCCUGCUGCUGCCGCCCUGGACGCCCCCGGGGGGCUCGCUGCCCCCGGCCCCGCACGGCCCGGCCCUGCUGGCCGCCGCGGGGCUGCUGGCGCAGACGGCCCUGCUGGCCCACUGCUACCUGGGCAUCGUGCGACGCGUGCGGGGCAGCGUCAAGCGGGUCAGCGUGCUCAACUUCCACCUGCUGCACCAGCUGCCCGGCUGCGCCGCCGCCCCCGCCGCCUUCCCGACGGGAGGGGCGGGAGGUGCGGGAGGUGGUGGCGGCGGCGGUCCCCCCGCCCCCCCCCCGCCCGCGCCCCCGCGCCGGGCCCAGCGGCGCCUCAACGGGCUGUCCGUCCUGCUCCUCUGCUGCGUCUUCCUGCUGGCCACCCAGCCCCUGCUGUGGGUCAGCGCGGCCAGCGGCUUCUCGCUGCCCGUGCCCUGGGCGGCCGAGGCGGCCAGCUGGCUGCUCUGCUGCGCCCUGUCCGCCCUCAACCCGCUGCUCUACACCUGGAAGAACGAGGAGUUCCGCCGCUCCGUGCGCUCCGUCCUGCCGGGCGUCGGGGACGCCGCCGCCACCGCCGCCGCCGCCGCCGCCACCGCCAUCCCCGCCGUCACCCAGGCCCAGCUCGGAACCAGGCCCGCCGGGCAGCACUGGUGACCCCCCGACGGG